AUGCAGAUAAUGAGCGCGCACAACUUCGACCUCGCGGAUGGCGACUUCGCCGCGGUGGAGAUCGCUUGGAACGACGCCCUCGCCUGGGCCGCGGACGACCACUUGAGGCGCACCUUCAUUGGGGCGGGUGACUUCAACACCGCGGACCGCCCUGCAGUUUCGCAGCGGCCUCCUGCGGCAGAGGGGACCUGGCGAUUGCGCCCUGAUCAACGCUACCAACUGCGACAGCCUGCGUGGCGCCGGCUCUUUCCCGCGGCCCUGGAGAUCGAGGCGCAAUGGCCCGCCCGCUGCGACGAGGCCAGCCAGCAGCUCCCAGCCAUUGACCGCAUCUUCCUGGGUAUCGACGCGCAUGCGAUGCUUUCCGUCCCCGCGCGCCUCGCGACCGCCUGCGGCGCGAUGGGGUUGUCGGAGCUCGGCCCCAGUGACCGUGCGCCUCUCAUCUUGCAGAUCGGGAUGGCCCGACAUGUACCACGCGAGGAGCAGGCGAUCCCGUCGCGCCUCUUCUCUCACCCGAAGUACCCCGACACGUUCUCUCUCAUGAUGACGAACAGCGAUCUGGAGGCGGCGUCGGUCGAGGAACGCUGGCGCGCCACCAAGACUUGCAUGCAAUUGGCUGCUGCUCGGAUCCGUGGCGAGCAGCCGUGCACCAACUUCUCCCUGGAGGUCAAGGACGGCAAUGCCGAGACCACUUACAUGGGCUUCAAGACUGCGGCGCGGGCCCUCUGGCGCCAGGAUGCGUUGCUCGCGGCCCGCCUCCUUGCCUCGUGCCCUGACCUCUCCGCCCGCCUGCUGAUCGACCAAGGCUCUGUUCGCGUGGCGGACGUCAGUGCCUUCGACGAGGCCUUCGACGCGGUCGCGGCGAAGGCGCAUGCCAUGCGCGGGCAGGCGGCCGAGGCUGCUGCUCGGAGGUCCAACGACCGUGACAGCCCCGCCUGGCGUAGCGUGGAGCGUAGAUCUGCCCGACGCGCGCAGCUAUGGACUCCCUGGCGUCGACGAGUGGUGCUUGCUGGCCUAUGGCUUGACUCUGCCCCACGCGCCUCCGACACCGCCUCGGACGUGCCUCGCAAGGUGGUCAGCGACUCCGCGGGCAUGACGGGCGUCGUGGCCGAGUACGGGGGCAAGAUCUUCGAGCGCACGCCGACCGUGGAGCAGGCGCUGCGGCUCACCCAGUUCCUUGACCGCUUUGCUCCGCAGCUCCCCGUGGUGGAGCUCCCGCAUCCGUCGCUGCGCGCGCUGGGGCGCGCCGCAGCGCGGGCCCCGCCGAGCGCUCCUGGUCCUGACCAACUCCCAUGCGCAGCGUGGCGGCGCAGCCCUGGGGCUCUCCUGCAUCUCCAUGCUUUGAUGGAGCAGCUUUUCAACGAGGGCGCAGGGCCGCAUAACCUCAACUGGUCGAUCUUCCUCUGCGUGCCGAAGGGGGCGGAGGACGAGGACACGCCCGACUCGUGCACUCGAACGGCCUCCACGGUGCGCGCGCUCUCCCUCGAGGAUGCGGACGCCAAGCUCAUUGCCUUCUGCGCGGAUCGCGCUCUGCAGCCCAUCGCCUCCGCGGCGACGGAAGGGGUGCAGAGGGGCUUCACUGCUGGGCGCCGCUUCGUGGACCACAUCCCGUUCCUGGGCGCGGAGUGCCGCCGCGGGGGGCUCCUCCCUGGCGCCGCUCAACGUCGACCGAUGCUGCUCCCCUUCGACUUCAAACAGGCUUUCCCGUCCCUCUUCCGCGACGUGAUCGACAUCGUGCUGCCGAGGUACGGCGUCCCGCUGGGCUACUGCAGUGCGAUCUCGGCGCUGUGCAGCAACUGCCUUGCCUUCAGCUCCUUCCGAGUCUCGGGAGGCGGCGCGGCGAUGGGGCCGCUCUUUGCCUUGAGGUGCGGCGCCAUGCAGGGGCGCCCCCUCUCGGGCACGGUCUGGCGCUUGGGCAUGGACGCCCCGAUCCGCCUUCUGAUCAAGGCGCUGGGAGACCCCCUGAAGCCCUUCGCGGACAUCGAGUUUGCGUUCAACCUCCAGCUUGCGAUCCACAAGUGCGUGCUGGCCCCGCUCUGGGCCGAGGUCACGUCCGCCCUUAUGAAUGACACCGAGGCGCUCCUGGCCGAGAUGGCCCCGACCUGGAGGGGCUUCCGCGUCGAUUCAUCGGCCAAGUACCCGGGCACGCGCAUCGGCCCUGGCAUCGCGGAGCAGGGCAUCUGGAAGGAUGCGGCGGCGAAGUGGUGGUCACGGGCUGCGAAGUUGAGCCGCGCGGGCAUGGCGGCCAGCCUUGCCGCUCGCGCCCACAACGCCAACGUGAUUUCGUGCCUCUCCUCCCUGGCCCAGCUCUUCUUCAUCAUCCCCGAGAUCUGGCGGAUCGAGUUCACGAUGCCCCACCGCCUCCUGCGCUUCCGGCCGUCGGCCAUGCGCAAGGCGGACAUCCUCUCCAUGGGUGCGUGGUGCGGCCCCCCCGCGCCGAUGGGCCUGCUGCCGUGCUCGGUCGGCGCGCUCCUCCGCGCUGCGGCUCACACGGUGCGCGGCUGGGUGCCCACGCUGCAUGCCCUGCACGACGCGGCGGUCGAGAAUCUCCCGCUGGGGAGCGUCAUGAAGGUCUCGUGGUCGCCGCCAUGGUGGGCCACCAAGCGCUCCAUCGUCCAGAACUACGGCCUCGUGAUGGAUCAGUGCAGCGCCCUGCCGCACCCGCGCCCUGUGCUUGACAAGGUGCCCGCCCCUGUGCCGACGCCCCUCAUCGAGGCGGCUCGCAGCGCUAUGGGCGACGGGGAGAAGACUGCUGCCCAGGCGGUCCCCCCCAGGAGGAUCAAGCGCCAGGCCCGCCUCGACCAGCUGAUCGGCCGCCGUCUGCGGCGCUGGGGCCUGGAGGUGCCCGCCGAGGAGUUGCGAGGCCGUUGGCUGGAGCUCCCCACAGAGCUGCGCGCUGCUCGCCCCGCCUGGAUGCGGUCGUGGCUGCGCACUGUGACCAACGGGUGGGCCACGUCGGGCAGGAUGCACGUCAUCGCGCCCCGCCCGUGCAUCAUGGGCUGCGAGGCGCGGGACGACCUGUCGCACUACACGGCGCGCCCAGUGCUCCGCGGCGCGAUCGCAGCGCCAGCGGAGGCGACAGCCCUGCAUCGUCUAUAG